ACGUCCGGUCGCACGAGAACGCACCUCGGAGUUAUUGAAACGAGGUGGGCAUUUCUAUGUGCAAUAACAAUGAGUAUACGGAGGCGGGCGGGUCGCUCGGCGCGCCGCCGUUGACCGUUUUCAAAACAAAACACCACACCGAUUGUUCCAAUUUGAAAAAUCCACCACAAAACGAUCAAACAUCGCAUUAUUCACAAACAAAGAACGAAGAAUGGAACGGCCUGAAUAGUUGUCGCCCUGUCGCGUCUUACACUUGCCACGGGAAACACGAUUGAUAUUUCACAGUAUAGUGUUGAAAAAUGUGUUGGAUGCAGUGCAGUUGAUGUGUUUAUUGAUACAGUUGUGAAUUGAGUUGCAUCAUGAUCUAUGUUCAAUUAGCAGGUAUUGUAGUCAUAAUCUCAAUGACAACCGCAGUGCAAUUCCAAACCAAUCCUACGUCAGAGAUGUCCGCAGACGAAAGAAAUCCAAGAGGAAAUAGAACUUUAGAUCUAUCAGAUGAAAGUGGACACGAAAUAGACACUGAUAUGGAUGAUAUUAAAGACAAAAAAUUAUUAGAUGACGCAAUGAGAACUGUAUUGGAUCCGACUACAAUUAUAACAAAAACGAAUGAUGCGAUUAAUAAUUUCAAACAUCAAUUAGAGGAACUGGAUAAAUUGAAUACAACCUUAGAGACGUUUAUGUCUGAAAUGGACAGGUUAAGUUUAGAAGUGUGCAAAACAUCACAAGAAGCGCUAUGGGCAUACGUAACUGACAUUAGCAACGAUGCUAAAAAGAACAAAAUGGUGAGAAUUGCCGCGGAGGAAGAUGAAAUUAAGAAACAAUAUUGGAAUCUCUUUAAGAAAAAAUAUUUAAAUAGUACCAUAUUUAUGGAUGAUCCAAAGAUUAAAAGAAAGAUUCGUAUUAUUAAGGAGCGCGGAACAAAUGUCCAAAUGCCGCAAAGCAAGCAAAGAGAAGAAAUAGAUACAAUGCAAAAGAUUUGGAGCCGAGUUACAGUUUGCGCAUAUAAUUCGACUACAUGUAGCGGUGAAGAUUCUGUACGGACUAUGAAUGAUAUCAUAUCAAUAUUCAAAACAAGUAACGAUACCAAAGAAUUGGCGUAUUAUUGGAAAGUGUACAGAGAUACGACUGGUAGAAAAAUACGUCCCAUUUUCAAAGAUUAUGUUACAAGAAUGAAUAAAGUAGCCGAAACAGAAAAUUUUACGGAUGCCGGAGAAAUGUGGCGAUAUGCGUUUGAAGAUGAUAAUUUUGUCGAAACUGUAAACAGAAUUUGGAGAGAAAUUAAACCGUUUUAUGAUUUAUUACACGAUUAUGUUAGAGGUAAACUGCAGUCGUAUUAUAAAAAUGAACUGAUGACUGAUGAAGGUUUAAUUCCUGCACAUAUUUUAGGUAACCUAUGGGCUCAGGAAUGGCAAUCGAUAUACCCUAAAGUGGUCGCGUAUCCUAACCACAUGAGGCCGAAACUCCUGAACGAUCAAGCUUUACGCUCCAAAGAUCUUUUCGAUGCUGUUGAUCAAUUUCACCAGUCGCUAGGAUUUGAGUCUGCAAAAGAUUCAUAUCAGGAUAUACAGGAAACUAUGACUACGGCUAACUGUUUACCAUCCAGUCAUGAUAUGUGUGACGGAGUCCAUUACAAAAUCAAAUGGUGUGGCGAAACUAUAACAGACGCAGUCGUUGGUCUAUCCCGGGCAGCAAGGUUAUUGGGUCAUGUUCAGUAUUUCAAACACUACCGAAAACUACCACCGCUGUAUCGAGAUGGACCUAAUCCAGCGUUCCACGAUGCAAUCUCCGACAUCGUCGCGGUCCAACUGACCUCGCCGGAGCAUUUGAAGACCUUGAACCUGGUGAAGGUGGAGACCGGGCCCGAAAUCACUAUGAACCAUCUAUUAUGGGUGGCGUUAGAAAAAUUUCCACUGAUGGCCUAUGCGUAUGUUCUAGACAGAUGGAGAUGGGAUGUGUUCGCGAAUAGCAGCAUCGAGAAUUGGAAUGAACAUUGGUGGGAUUUAAGAAUAAAGGAGACCGGAAUUUCACCCCCAGUUUCUAGAAAUGAAAGUGAUUUAGAUCCCGCAGCCAAAUAUCAUGUCGUUUCUCAUGUUCAAUACAUCACGUACCUCGUGUCUCACGUCUUGGAAUUUCAAAUACUGUUGUCCCUGUGCAAGAGGACUAAUCAUACCGGCCCUCUUCACAAAUGCUCCAUAUAUGAUCAGAAGGAAGCAGGAAAAUUGCUCAGCGAUGGUAUGGCACUAGGCGCUAGUGAAGAUUGGCGGACAGUUCUGGAAGCUAUUACGGGAGGAAGAGAGCUAUCAACCGACGGCAUUCUAGAAUAUUUUUCAACCCUAGCAGAUUUCCUUAAAAACGAAAAUGCAAAACUUGCAGUAACCAAAGACGAAGACAUGGAUAAAAGUGCACCUAUAGUCGUGGGAGCUAUUGUUGUAGUAUUAACUUUACUUAUAAUACUACUAUACUGUGCCAAAAAGUAUGAUCUUGGAACCAAAUUAUGCUCAGCCUGUGGAUUGACUAAGAAUGGUUCUUUAGAUAUAGUGACAAACGAAGUGCCUCAAAUCAAAACAAACGAAGUAGAAGGUAUAAGCGAAGAUAAAGUUUGAUAUUGCCAAUCAGAUCUAACAUUGUGAUUGACACUUAUAUUUAUUUUCUUAAGCAAUUAUUCAAUUAUUAACUAAUAUAAGCUUGACAUGCGAUUAAGUGGGCCAAUUGACCGUAUAAGAUAAGAUAAUGAUAAAAUACUAGUUACUGAUGACGUGUUAGGUUUAAUAAAUUAAUAAUGUGAGUGUGAUUGUUGUUAUUGUUAUUUUUAAAUUAAAUAUGUACUGAAUUUACA